GUUUGACCUGAUAUAUUAGGUGACAAAUAUCUCGGGUCAAACUUUCUCCAAAAAGUUUUGGGAAGUUCGUGAUAAUGAAAGUCACCGCUCUGGAAGACUUCACCUGUAUAUAUUUUUACGCACUUGAAGCGUAGCGCCAAUAUGUCGUCCACCGUUACGAUUGAGAAGUCACUUGUAGUGGCCUCACUUCCUCGACCUGUCGACCAUUCCACCGGCCGUUAUUUUGUUUCUGAUGUUCAUGGUGGGACGCCAGGCUCGAGAAAGCGUAAGAGAGCAGAGUUGGUUGUGGGAAUUAGUGGUGAAGGUGUGAAUUUGUACGAUAUUCAAUCGUCAAAACUCGUCACUUCCUACGCUCUCCCUCCGCAGGCUUUGAUCACUUGCGCGCCAUACUCUCUAAGAUUGAAGCAGGGCAAAGGGCUUGUUGAGAGAAGGACAUACGCAUCUACAACAGAAAAUACUCCUCGAGUCACAGUCUUUCGAGAGACGACAACAGCAGAAGGCCAUGCCGAUUCGUCAAGUGCGAUCCACAUUGUUGAAGGUUCGACCAAACCAGUUGUGUUCCUCGGCGUUGCCCCAGAACAAAUUGGAUCGUCCAGUGACAACCUACUUCUUGUAAAGUCGGAUGGAGAGAUACAGUGCUUGGAUGGGGAGGAUCUAAAGUUCAAAUGGACAUCUCCGUCUGCCGCCGUGAGCAAAAACUCUGCCGCGCCCAACUUUGGACACAAGAUUGAGCUCGUCAACCUCACCGAUGCGCAUACCGCCAGCAAGGGGCUCCUCAAGGGACAGCCUGACGCAUUUUCAAUCUUUUCGGAAGAUGUGGAUGCCAGUGCGUUUAACCCAACCCUUCUUGUCCUCAUAUCAAGCCCAAUAGAUGCCACUGGGUCUGACAACCGCACGCUUCAUGUUCUGGCUCUUCCUCGGGCUGGAGAUAGUGGGUCUACCAACCAGGUACACUCGGUCCAGACCUUACUCUCUGUGGCAAUUCCGUGGCUUCAUUCGCAGCCGCUGUCGGAUUUCGGCAAAUUACAAUACGAUAUUCAUGUUCCAUCCGGGUUUUUGUACGAGCUUGGUACCAGGUCACUCCUAAUCUACGACUUGGUGGAUGGUACGAUCAAGAUCAAAUCUCAACUUAAUAUCGACAAUGUAGCAUCAUUCUUACGACUUUGCAGCACAUCCGUAAUGACAGCCACGAACGAGACCGUCGAUAUUUACAACCCUAUAUACCAUUCUAUCCAAGCAUCCACCAACCUAGACAGCAUCCAGGGAGAGACUGCCUCCCGAAAGCGGAAGUUAGAUGACGCCGACGAUUCAAGUUCGAAACAGUGCGAGCUGGUGGCAUAUUCUACAAAGCAUAACCUUGUGCACGCAAUCCUUGGUAGCCAACUGGUAGCAUUUUCGAUAGAGGCACGAAAGGAUAUCCCAAGCCGCCGUCGCGAACUUGGUUUGCUCAUAGAUUCGGUGGGUUGCGGCAGACGCCAAGCAACAGAUGGGAGUUCCGGAAAGCUGCACCGAGUCCCAUUGAGCUCACUUUCAUCAUAUAUCCCUGGGUCGAAUCCGGCUGUCGACAGUACCAUGCAAGAGCAAUUCUCAAAGCUCGAUCGAUGUGUUGCCGAGCAAGACAUCGACGGGUUUGAAGAAAUAAUGGCACAAGAGCUGAAGAUGUACCGUCGGAAGAUCGCGCCUUUUGUGAAUGGACUGGCGGUUACUAAAGGCAUCAAGCCCAGUGAUGGAACGGCUGUGCCGGAAUGGAUAUGGCCAUCCGCACGAAGUGGGUAUCUCGAGGUCGACCCACGUUUGGUGCAGUACGCAUUAAGCAGAGUUUUCAGUUGGUCCAGCCAGAACGGCGAGCAGAAGCUUCUUGUCGUAUUUUAUCCUCACAAUGUUGUCAACUGGCUUCUGGAAACCGGCAACCUCAACAAAGUCAAUAUCGAGACUGCGUUGAAGGAUGAGGCUCGCAGUACUGAGCCCUAUGUUGUCCCAGCAGGGCAACUAGUAUCGUCUCUCGUCGAUACGGACCCUGAGAUGAAAGUUCUCCUUUCCCUCAUUUCAAACAACUACCUCGAUGCGCCUGAGCUUGUGCACGCCAUUCGCGUACUCAUGCAGAGCCUCGAGAUUCUCGACGGCGGCACCAAGGCAGACAAGCCACUGCUACUCACAGAAAGCGAAACCCCUGCCUCCAAUGGCGAUAUGGAGACUGAAAACGAAAUAGAAGAAGCAGAUGCAGCCUUGCGCCUGGCGGAAUACCAACUUGGAGACGGGGCCAGCAUUCGGGGCCAGGCAUUGAGCCUGGCUUUGGCUAAGCUUCAUUCUUGCCCUUCGGCAGCAGUCGUGCAUGCUCUACAGUCGAACUUGACAUCAAGCGAGAUCGUGUCUCUCAUCUAUUUGCUCCGCUUUGAGCUUGCGCGCGGAGCUUGGACCUCGAAGUACCUGGACGUUGUGGAUAGCAUUGACGAAGACACUGGCUCACAAGACAGCACCAUUGUCCUCAUAUCCAGUCUAGUAAAUAGCUGCAUCGAUGCCAUCGGCUCGGGCGGUUGGCUUUCUGGGGACGCAAUAUUGGCCGGAGGGGAUCGCUUCCAGUCGGAGGAAUUGAUCUCCAGCUUAAAGCUCGAGGUCAGUGCGGCGUUGGAAGGCAUUGAAGAAGCGACCUACCUCAAGGGCCUCACCUCGGAAAUGGUUCGCUACGGCGAAGCUGUGCAAAAAGCCCUGCCCGUAAGCGCAAAGAAGCAGAAGGUAGACAGUUCUCAGAAGGGAGGCAACGUACGAAAGAACCAACCAAUUACCGUUGCCCAGGUUGGGAAGGAUGCGACCAUACUUCCCUUCGGAUUGAAGGCGGACCAACUGAUCUCGCUGAUUAAGAUUGGGGCAGGCGGGGAACUACAGCGCCGAACUGCGCGGGAUAUUGGACGGCUGAAGAGCAAGAAGGUUGGAAAGUACUCGCAGGAGAGGAUUGUGAUCUAGAAGCCCCGCUUCAGGUACUUGUGCUCACUGAUGUUGGGCAUUGUUGGAUUCAGCUUACGGAUGGGUGCAGCCGCCAUCGGUCCAUGCACAUGCAUGUAUAUUGCGAAGAGGGGCGUAUAGGCGCCGGCGAUCCAGUAGUAAAUGAGAAAUUGUUGGUGAUAAUGUGUAAGACUUGGGUGUGGGUAGCCCGCGACUUCCACAAUCUCGUCCAGCGCGUGUGCAAAUGUCCCUUAUUCCUCUGUAGCCGCUCAACGUGGACUUUAUAUGGGAAAUGGGAAAUGGG